AUGAUUAAACCACAACAACUUAAGGCACAAAACACCCAGGUCCUUCAGACCAUUACAUACGCCAUAUAUGCAUAUAAUUCAAAGACGGCAGAACAAACGCAAAGGUUGAAAUAUGGAGAUUUGGAGAUAGUAUUGAAAAAUGAACAUUUCGAAUUCGUUUGCAAGGGUGGUGCAGUGAUAUCAAAUAUAAAAGAAAUUUUAUUUAUGAAUUCAAAAAUUAAAGGAAUAACGGAUGAUAUAACAUCAAUUCCACCAGAAGAACAGAGAUAUUACGCAUUAAAUGCAUUUCCUAAAGUUUUGAAGAUUGGAAGAUUUAAUUUAAAUGAGGAAUUCAUAGAAGGUUUCCUAAAUGACAUAAUGAAGAAGGUAGAUAAGGAAUAUGUGGAUAGUGAAUUAGAGAAGAAGGCGGAUAAGGAAUACGUGGAUAGUGAAUUAGAGAAGAAGGCAGAUAAGGAAUAUGUGGAUAGUGAAUUAGAGAAGAAGGCGGAUAAGGAAUAUGUGGAUGAAAAAGAUAAUGAAAUUAAAGAAAGGGUUGAAUGGUAUCAUGAAUGGACAUCGAAGAUUUUUAAAACUAAAGCUGAUACGGGAUGGGUUUCAGGAUGUUUAGACCUUAAAGCGGAUAAAACUUAUGUUAACGAUGAGUUAGAGAAGAAGGUGGAUAAGGAAUAUGUUAACGAAAUAUACCAAAGUUUGAUAGGAACAACAAAAAAUAUUGAAACUAUUGUUGGUGACUUUUCUGUCAAUGAAGAAAAUAAAUAUUUUAGAUGGCAGUUUGUACAGUCCUUAAAAAAUGGUACACGGUGUAAACUCAUUCCGAAAAAUAACAAUGAAAUGUAUGUAAGUUAUAAAAAGAAUGAUGGUACACAAGUUAAAGUUCCAUUAGACAACAACUGCUACUUAAACUUAUAUGGAGACGAACAAAAGAAAUAUUUAAGAGUUUAUGAAAUGGUGGAUAUGACAUUGCCUGACCCAGCUCCAGCACCAUAUUAUUAUGACUAUGGAGAUGAUGUCAGAACACCACAUGUAGAUGAACAAAAGUUAACAUUAUAUUUAGAUUCUUAUAGAUAUAAAAGAUAUAAUGCAAUAGAAAAAAUGAGAAUAGUAUAUUAUUAUACAGAUGACAGAAAUAAAUAUUAUAGUCAAGAUUUUACCCACCCUGAAAACAUAAGAUUAUAUUAUAAAAAAUAUUCUAACACAAAUCAGAAGAAACCUGAAAUAGUUGCACUAUAUUUUAAGUUCAAAAGAGGCAAUCCUAUAAUAUCUCAUAUGUUUGAUUUAAUGAACCCAGUAGGUUCUAUUUAUACAUCUAUGGAUGCAAGAGGUCCUCAAGUAAUGUUUGGUGUUGGUGCAUGGGAACAAAUAGUCGACAGGUUUUUGUAUUGUGCAAACUCUUCAAAGGAAACAGGUGGAAGUAAAACAAUUACAGGUGAAAAUUUACCUGCACACAGUCACUACAUAGAUUUAAGUACAUCUCAAGCAGGUUGGCAUAAGCAUAGAUAUUGGGAUUGGUCAGGAAUGACAAAAGGUAAAGGAUAUGAUGUUAAAGACGACGUUAAGUUUGCUAUAAAUUGUUACUGGAGUGACACUCAGGGAGAAGGAAACCAUACACAUCACGUUUCAGGAUAUACACAAACAACAGGACAAAGUAAAGAAUACAUGCCACCUUACAUGACAGUUUACGCAUGGUAUAGAGUUCAAUGA